CUUGAUUUCUCAGUUCAAUUUGAGUUGCGCUACGGAACACAAGCGGAGAACUACCAAGAUUUUGCCAAACUACUUCUUACGCAGCAACUGCUAACUAUGACUUUGCCACGUGUUUUUUUUGACAUCAAUGCCGGGGGCGAGAAACUUGGACGAAUCGUCAUGGAGUUACGGUCAGACGUUGUGCCGAAGACAGCUGAAAAUUUUCGCGCUCUGUGCACUGGGGAGAAGGGCUAUGGCUAUAAGGGCUCUCCAUUCCAUCGGGUCAUACCGGGCUUUAUGUGUCAAGGCGGCGAUUUUACCAAUCAGAACGGCACAGGGGGUCGGUCGAUAUACGGCAAUAAGUUUGCCGACGAAAAUUUUACGUUGAAGCACACGGGCCCCGGUGUCCUAUCCAUGGCGAAUGCUGGACGUAACACCAAUGGCUCACAGUUCUUCAUAUGCACUGGCAAAACCAAUUGGCUGGACAAUAAGCAUGUUGUCUUUGGCAAAGUUGUUGAGGGCAUGGACAUCAUCACGAAAGUCGAAGCGCUGGGCUCCGACACCGGCAAGACCUCGAAGAAGAUUAUUAUCGAAGAUUGCGGCGACUUGUAAUGAGAUCAAAACGAGCUUAAUAUAUUAUUAUAUGCAGAGAUAUGUUUAUAAUUUGUCAAGCCAUUUAAAAGCACUUCAAAUGUGGUCAAAUGUCAUAAACAA